AUGCCCCUUCCUUCGGACGAGCAGAUCCUCAAGACGAGCCAAGGUCUCGUGGCCCAAUUGCAAAGCAUCUUUGGAAAGCAUCCCGGCUUUCGUCCAGCCCUUCCACUCCCGUCACUCUCCGCUUCUCCAAUUCCACCGGACUCCCCCCAGAUUCCUGACGCGAGUCCCAACGCCAACCCACGAGGCCUCGGUAUCCGUUUCAACCUCGGCGAGCACAUCCACACAGACAUAAAUGCUCAUUCUACCCCCUUCUUCCCCACCCGCACCGGCGCUGAGUUCCUAGAGUUCCUUAAAGCACUAGCCGCUUCACCGCCGGAAACACUGUCUCCAUCGCCCAUUGAAAAGUUCCUCGGCGCGAAUCCCGCCGCUCUGGGAUUCGUGCAGGCGCCGAAGCCAGCGCCGUCGAGUUUCGCGAGAGAGAUUUUCUAUGCGGUCAAUGCGCUGAAAGUUGUCGGCGCGGAAGGUAAAAGUACUUACAUCCGCUAUCGCAUCGUUCCAGCUGUUGGUGAACAUUUUCUUGAUGAAGCAGCGAUCAAAGACGAGGGCCCGGACUUUCUCUACGAAGAGCUCCAGAAGUGUGUAGCAGAGGAGAGUGUCACUUUUCGCGUCAUGGCUCAGCUUGCGGAGGAAGGAGAUGUGGUGGAUGAUGCGACGGUGCACUGGCCUGAGAGUCGGCAGUUGGCCGAGCUGGGCACGGUGAAGGUUGGGACUGUGCUGCCGAACAACGCGAAGGAGCAGGAGCGUAUCAUCUAUGACCCGAUUCCCAGGGUUGAGGGUAUUGAAACGUCCGAUGAUCCGUUGUUGGAGAUGAGGGCGGCAGUCUAUCUCAUUAGUGGGAGAGAGAGGCGUGCUGCGGAUUGA